CUCACUUGUACAACAAUGAGGCGUCUGUUUAGAAUAACCAACAUGUCUUUCCUUUCGAUCCAUCUGAUGUUUUUUGCUCUCCUGUUUGUAGCAGAUAUAUUUCUAACUUGGGCUAAUGUUGAAAGCAAAGUUCAUAUUGUUUAUAUGGGAGAAAGGCAGCACAAUGACAUAGAGCUUACAACAUCUAGCCAUCAUGAUUUGCUUUCUUCAGUUCUGGGAAGUAGAGAAGCAUCAGUCGAUUCGAUGAUAUACAGUUAUAGACAUGGAUUCUCUGGGUUUGCAGCCAAGUUGACAGAUUCUCAAGCCCAAAGUAUUGCAGAUUUACCCGGCGUGGUUCAUGUUAUCCCAAAUCGUUUCUAUAAGCGGCAAACAACAAGAAGCUGGGAUUACCUUGGCCUCUCAUCUUCCUCACCGACAAAUCUCCUGCACGAAACAAAAUUAGGGGAGGAUGCCAUAAUAGGCGUCUUUGAUUCAGGUGUAUGGCCAGAAUCAGAAUCUUUUAAUGACGAAGGUUUAGGGCCGAUUCCAUCAAGGUGGAAAGGCUUUUGUCAAAAGGGCGAACACUUUGAUCCAGCAAAAAACUGCAAUCGAAAAUUAAUUGGAGCUCGUUUCUUCUAUGAUGGCCUUCAAGCAGCACUUGGAGAACCUUUCAAUGUAACCGAAUUCAACGAGUACUUAUCAGCAAGAGAUUCAGUUGGACAUGGCACGCACACGGCCAGUACUGCAGGCGGCUCAUUCGUGCAUAAUGUGAGUUUUGGAGGACUUGCUUAUGGUACUGCUCGUGGGGGGGCACCUCAUGCUCGUCUGGCCAUAUAUAAAGUGCUUUGGCACGAAGCAGGGACGUCCGCUGACAUUCUCAAAGCUUUCGACGAAGCAAUUCAUGACGGGGUCGACGUUUUGUCAUUGUCACUGGGCCUCGACUUACCGUUAUACCCCGAAAUAGACAAGCGUGACCUAAUUUACUAUGGCUCGUUUCAUGCUGUUGCAAAUGGAAUAACAGUGGUUUGUUCAGCAGGAAAUUCAGGGCCAACUGCACAAACGGUAGAGGAUGUUGCACCCUGGGUUAUAACUGUUGGUGCUACUACUAUGGAUAGAUCAUUUCCCACACCCAUCAUGCUAGGAAACAACAGGACCUUAAUGGGUCAAGGCAUGUUUAACGGAAAGGAUAACGGGUUUGUUAAGUUGAUUUACAGAGAGAAUUCAGAACUUGAAGAUCCAAUGAAGCUGUUCUCUUGUCCUAUUAAAUUACUACACACCAAAUAUGCUCACGAUAUUUCCCACUUUUUUCAUCCUAAUUUUCAUUUUCAUAGUAUGAAAAAUGUGUAUUGUGGAUUGUGUAGGGACCCAAAAGUUCGACUUAUACCAUCAAAAACUUACAUAGGCAAACGUGCAACCACUUCCGUGGCAAUGUUCUCGUCGCGGGGUCCCAAUUCUCUUUCCCCUGCAAUCCUUAAGCCGGAUAUAGCAGCCCCAGGAGUUGAUAUAUUAGCAGCAUACCCUCCAAGUUCAAUCAUAAAAGGAUACGUGUUCUCAUCUGGAACAUCAAUGGCUGCUCCUCAUGUAUCAGGAAUUGCGGCUUUACUCAAGUCUUUGCAUCCAGAUUGGUCUCCGGCUGCUAUAAGAUCGGCACUCGUUUCUACAGCCUGGAGAACCGAUCCUUAUUCGGGAGAACCGAUUUUGGCUGAGGGAGACAUAACCAGAAUAGCUGAUCCAUUUGAUUUUGGAGGGGGAUUUGUUAAUCCUAACAGGGCAAGAGAUCCAGGCCUUGUGUAUGACCUGGGAAUUGAAGAUUACACACGUUAUCUCUGUUCCAUGGAUUACGAUAAAACUGCCAUUAAUCACCUCACUCAGAGAGCUAGAUCUUGUUCAAGAACAAUUACUUCUGUUCUGGAUUUGAAUCUUCCUUCCAUAACCAUUCCAAAUCUGAACAAUCCAGUUACUCUCACCAGAACUGUAACAAAUGUUGGAGCCAUUAAUUCUGAAUAUAAAGCUAUAAUUAGGCCGCCUCCAGGAAUUAGCGUAGUGGUUAAACCUGAUUAUUUGAUAUUCAGUCCUACGAUUAAGAAGAUUUCCUUCACAGUCACAAUCUCAACAAGGCACCAGGUUACCACCAAAUAUUACUUUGGGAGCUUGACUUGGACUGAUGGUGUGCAUCAAGUAAGAAUUCCUAUAUCAGUAAGAAGCGAGUUUCCAGAACUCGUUUGGUAAAUUCAACUGAACAGCCACUGAACAAUAUUAAAAAAUUAAAUUAAGUUUGUACUUUUCACCA